CGCUCACUCUCUACCACUCUAAAGUGCAUAAACUGUCUGUGAUACCGGCACAAAGGAGCUGGGAAAUCCUGACUGAGAUGAUAGAAAGCCUUCGAGACGUUCCAGAGGAAGAGUUUGAGACACAAGUUUCUUAAGAGGAAGGAGAAAGAAGAAGGACGAGAUCAUCCACUCAGAAUAUUAAAGACAUCCACCUCAUUACAAAGACAAAGAACAAGGGCAUCCAGCCAAACCUGAGUUCUGCUGUUGGAAGGAAACAUGCUGCUAUAUGGCGUGGACCCUGGAAGACAUGGGGAUCUUGUGACAACUUUGCUCCUUUGGAGGUGAAACAACUUAUAAAGAGUUUGGACAAAAGGACAGGAUCUUAUCAUAAGGAAACCCCUCCUCAGGAUUUGAAUGAGGGUAGGCCAACACCUUAUGCCAAAAAUGGACCAUAUGGGUGAGAAGGAUAUUUGUUUUACUGAAUUAUCUGAGUGAGUCAAACUGAGUCCGUAUCUGGUGGGCUGUAGCCUGGAGAGAGUGCCUGAGCAGGGGGAGGGGAAGAAGCUUCAGCUUGAAUCUGUCCUCUGGGAGGAUUCUUUUCAGUCUUCAUCAACCCCCAAAGUAAGAAGAGGAAAGUUAAUCAAAUUUGCAAUGUCCAACUCAGAGGACCUGUUAGUGCUGAUGGCCUGACUGCCUGGUUGUGUGGGACUGGUUUCUGGUUUUCAUUCAUGGACAGUUGCUUUGUUUCAUAAUGAAUAACACUACCGACAUGGACAAUUCAAGCUGCAGCAAGAAUGACAUGUUCAAAUACCCCCUGUACAGCACAGUCUUCAGCAUUGUGUUUGUAGUCGGACUCAUCACCAAUGUUGUUGCCUUUUAUAUAUUCACAUGCUCUCUAAAAGUGAGGAAUGAGACCACCACCUACAUGAUGAACUUGGUGGUGUCGGACUUGCUGUUUGUCUUCACACUGCCGCUGAGGGUCUUUUACUUCAUAAAUAAGAACUGGCCCUUUGGGGGGACUCUCUGCCAGAUCUCAGUCUCGCUCUUCUACACCAACAUGUACGGCAGCAUGCUCUUCCUCACAUGCAUCAGCGUGGACCGCUUUCUGGCCAUCGUGUACCCUUUUCGCUCGAGGAUGCUCAGGACCAAACGCAAUGCCAAGAUAGUGUGCGUUGCCGUAUGGGUGCUGGUGCUUUCGGGUAGCCUCCCCACUGGGUUUUUGCUGAAUAGCAUCACAACAGACGAAAAAAGCACUUUCUGCUUUGAGAACUUUUCAUCCAAAACAUGGAAAUCCCACUUGUCCAAAGUGGUGAUAUUUAUAGAGACAGUUGGCUUCCUCAUUCCUCUUUUACUUAAUGUUUGUUGCUCCAUAAUGGUUUUACAGACGCUGCGGCGCCCUCAGACCGUCAGUCGUGGGGGAAAGGUGAACAAAACGAAGGUCCUGCGGAUGAUAAUCGUGCACCUGUUCAUUUUUUGCUUUUGCUUUAUUCCCUAUAACGUGAACUUGGUGUUUUAUGCACUGGUCCGCACAAAAAACUUAAAAGGAUGCUAUGUUGAAUCGGUAGUUCGAACAAUCUACCCAAUAGCCCUUUGCAUUGCUGUGUUUAACUGCUGCUUUGAUCCCAUCGUGUACUACUUCACCUCAGAGACCAUCCAGAACUCCAUCAAGAGGAAGUCCCAGGCCUCCCGCUCGUUUGAUGUCAAAUUCUCAGAGGCCCUCCAGUCAGAUAGCGCCUCCAAUUUGCAAUGCAGCCUAAGGAACCUGAAAGCUAAGGUCUUCCACAACGAAUCUUCUGUAUGAAAUUUCUCAGUGAGUUUUCUUUUGGAGAGCUUUUCCUAAUUUGGACUUCAUCUCAGGGCAAAAGCUCCCAACUAUGGAUUUAACAGCGUCUGCUUUGCAGUAUUACCACUUACCACUUCACCCUCUGCUCACAUGUGAGGAUUUGUUACGACUACUUACACAUUUCUGUUUCCUGUGGAUUAGAGUGUAAUUGUGUUUAACACAGUCACUCAGCCAGUGAUGCAUAAUGGGAUAUGAUCACUAAACUGCAGCAUGGUUAUACUGUAUUUACAUAUUAUUGGACCUGUGUAUCUGUAUAUAUGUAAAGUAAGUUGUGUUGCCAACUUUAGAGUAUUAUCUAUUAAGUUAAUAUAAAGUUAUUUCAAGGUCUAGAUAUGUAUGUACGAGGCUCUUUGUUGAUAUGAUAUAAAAAAUUUAUUCUGUAAUUCACUUUUGAGAGUGUGUGUUUUUUCACUAGUUGUGAAUAACAGAAUAUAAGGGUGUCUUUUGGUUUUUAAUGUUCUGGGAACAUUUCGUUGUCGUUGCAUUACUGAGCUUUAAAUGCACUGAUAUACUUCCUCAUACUGCAUUCACACCAUUAUCAUGAAUAAAAGUCAUGUGCUGAGUAAUGCAAAAAAAAAAACAUGCAUCUUGAAAGUUUUUGUUUUAAAUUAAAAAAGGGGAUUUUCAGUUUACUGUUUUGGUUGAACACAAAGAGGUUAUUAUUAUUAUUUAAGUGUUAUUUGAAUAGACUAAGAAAUCCAUGUGAUGUUUAAAUUUUUUUUAAAAGAGUACAGUUACUUUAGACUCUAAGGAGCUUUCAAAAUGUCCAUCUUGACCAAACAAAGUAAAGAAGUGAAAGCUUAAAGUUGUAGUUUCUUGAAAUGGACGUUAACUCUAUGACAGCUAAAUAUAUAAUUUUGGAUACACAUAUUUCUGGUGUCUCUAUAACAACGUAUUUUCUAAAAAGCUUUCUAUAAAAUCCAAUAUCUCUCUUCUAAUUUCAAGAUGACUAAUCCUAAUUCAGCACUGCAGUUUAUAUAAAGUACAAGCUUCCAUAUUUGAACUGGUUACAAUAUUUAUAAAAGACUCAACAGUCAUGCAACAAAUAUUCACAAAACUAAUUUAAUUGUAGUGAAAAUUACUAAUGUCUUAAAUGUGCACAUUAUUCUGAUGCAUGAAUGGCUGUAAGAUAAAUUAUGACACAGUUGAAAAGUUCAGGAACAAUUCAAAAAAAUAUAUCUAAACUUUUAUUAUUUUCUCUUGCAUAAGCGCAAAAGGUAUAGGAGCUGAUCUGUUUUUUUUCUUUUUCCUACAUGAGUUGGAGAAACUAGAAGUAGGAAUGUGUUUCACUUCUGCUGGUGAUGAAUCCAAUAGAGGAGAUGAAUACUUGAUUGUACUUUACUGACGUCUACAUGCUGUCCACACAUACCAGCCAUAGAAACACUGAUAGAUUUGCUUCUCUGGUGCCUAAACUACAUUGUAAGUGGGAUAAAUCAUCCUUUUAGACAUUUAAAGUGUAGUUGAUCAGUUUUUAAGCAAGGUGGUGUCUGAAGCUUGGCUGGAAUUUUUUUUUUAUCUUCUUGUAACACUUUGUCUUCCUUUCCCUCACAAGGACAUUUUGUUUUUGAUUUCAACAGUGGAGGCCCCACGCCUCCACCAGACUGGUACAAUCUGUACAGCCCCACAAUCAAUCAGAGAGACUCUGUUUUUGAAAGCAUGUUUAUUUUUAACAAGGGAUAAUAAUCUGAAAAUACGGUUCCAGAUAAAAAGCAAUUGGAAAAAACUAGUUGUUUUCUAUGCUUUUGUGAUUUUUGUGUUGGACUGGAUAAGCACAAACUUCUGGUGAAGUGCAUAAAGUGGCAACAGAUGGAUCAGGGUUUGGAUUGAAGCUAUGAAAAGGCAGCCCAAGGCAGAAGCAACCCAUGCAAAGUAAAGGAUUUUGGAUAUUUAAAUCAUGAAAAACUGAACUCUGUGGUUUAGUUUGUUUGAAAAUGGUAACUGACUAAAAAAAAUGUAACUACUUUGAAAUGUGUAAGUUUGAAAUGUUCUCAUAUUAAAAGCCUAAUGGGACUAACGAGUGUAACAGUUGUCCUGGUUAAGGAAUCUCUACAUAUUUUGACAGUUAUGUCAACGACCACUUAAUAAAA